AUGAACAACCAAUUGAUGUUCACGACCAUUGGGUUCUUCUUAGUUAUAGCUGCUGUUAAUAGUUCUCACUUUUUGGGUGGUACGAUCAGUUGGCAUGUACAGAAUUCGUCGACUUCUAGUACAUGGGUAGCUAUACUCAUUACUCAAACAUAUUCUUGGACAUAUACUACUGGAAAAUGUGAAAAUGGUGCGAUUGCUGCACAUCAACCAGUUCCUAGUUCAGGAGGAACACUAACUUGUUCACCUAGUUGCCCAGCUGGCUUUGGAAGUGUAUCUGCUACACCUUAUUGUACUGACGUUUCUCCGCUCAAUGGAAUCGUAGUUGGACAACGUUCAGACAUAGUUUUAAUACCAGAAGGUAGUGAUUUUUCGGUGAUUUAUGCGAGUGAUGCAUGGGGUAGUCUUACGUUAGGCGGAUAUGGUUGGUCUAUUUCAUCCCAUAUUAACCUAGUAAAUAGAUCCGAUAAUGGCAUGUUAAAUCAUGCUCCAGUAGCCACUAUCAUGUCUCCAAUCAUUAUUCCACAGAAUAAAAAGACACUGAUGACUAUCUCGGUCAGCGAUGCUGAUGGAGAUACCGUUCGAUGCCGUUGGUCUACUAAUUUGAAUGGUGUUGAUGAAUGUGGUUCCAUAUGUCCACCAAGUUCAUUACCAGCAAAUACAGUGAUAUAUCCGAAUUGUACUAUUGAAAUUACUGGUACAACUGCUGGUACUCGAUAUGCUUUAGCAAUUAUGGCAGAAGAUUUCAUCACUUCAGCUAGUACAACACCCCUAAGUACAGUACCUGUUCAAUUUCUUGUUGAAAUUAUGACUUCACCAUCAUGUUCUAUUCUACCUGAAAUAUUACAUACUGGAAAAUCAUGUACACCAAUUAAAGUGAAUGAAACAUUCAUAUCCCAAGUACUUGCUGUGAAUCAUUGUGGAGAAAAUGUUACUAUUAUAGAUAUUGCUACAUUAUCUUUUUCUGGAAUGACUCAAGGAUCUCUUGUCAAAUUAAGUUCUCUCAUUUAUUAUAAAACUAUAACUUGGACACCAACUAUUGAUCAACUUGGCUAUCAAGUAAUGUGUGCAAUGGCUUUGAACAAUCAAUAUGCACAAUCAUCACAAUAUUGUUUCACGUUUUUUGUCACAGAAAAUGGUACGGAUACAUGUCCUGGAGUUAUAGACAAUACUAUAACGACAAUUCCAUCAACAACAAUAUUGAUGACAACAACAGAAACAUCAACAUCAACAACAGAAACAUCAACAUCAACAACAGAAACAUCAACAUCAACAUCAACAACAGAAACAUCAACGUCAACAUCAACAACAUCGACGGCAAUCCAAAUAGUAACAUCUGACUGUAUCAAUUGGCCAUUAAUUGCAAGUCUUGGUGCUUUAGCUCUUCUCGCUACGGCCUGUAACUGCUGUUUUCUUUGCCAUUGUUAUACAUUAAAUAAAAUGGCUAUUUAUCGAACUCGUACACAUUUCGAUAUUGAUACAUCAAGAUAUGAACAUGAAUAUAUAAUAAAUAAUUAUUCCAAAGUAUUCAGAUAUCUACAUAUAGAAACACCCGAUUAUGAAAUACGAAAUGAAGCUUGUAAAUAUAAUUUUAUUAUUGAACCCGGCCGUAGACAUAUAUUAAUUAAUGUUAUUAUGGAAUUUCCAUUAACAUUAACUGAAAGACGGUGUUUUGAAGUUAUAGCUGAAUGUUAUAAUGAAAUACGUACAUCAGCAUCAACAACAAAUAGUUCAACAGCAAAUAAUUCAUUAUCAAAUCCAUCAAGAAAAUCAUCGAGAACAAAUAUUAUGAGUCAAACAAGUAAAUUAAUUUCUCAUGAUGAAAAUCAAAUUGUUUAUUCUCGUGUACCAGAUGAAGUUGAUUUAUAUGACAGUGAUGAAUAUAGUGAUGAUGGCUUUGUAAAUAAUCGUCGUUAUGUUAAACUUCGUCUUGAUUUAGAUGAUAUAUCAUCAAUAAAAAAAUUACGAAUUAAAAUUAAAUGUACGUAUAAUAGAAUAUUAUCAAAUGAAUCAAUUGAACCACAAUUAUAUUCAUCAAUAAAUGAUCAACAAAAUUCAAUUGAUAAAAAUGAUCUAUCAUUACUUGAAUUAUUUCAUAAGACAAUUCCAUAUGAUAUAAAAAUUGAAAUAGGUACACAUACAUUUCAUGCACAUCGACAUAUACUUAUGUUACGUUCUGAUUAUUUUAAAACAUCAUUUGGAAGUCAUUUUAAUGAUUGUACAAAUAAUCCAUUAAAAUUAAGUGGUGAUAUUGAUGUAAAUGCAUUUGAUAUUUUACUAAAAUAUCUUUAUACAAAUCGUAUUGAACAUGCUAUUCAUGAUGAAUUGUUAUUAAUUGAAUUAUUUAAAUUAUCUGAUCGAUUUUUAAUUGAUUCACUUAAACAUCAAUGUCUUAUUGAAUUACUAAGAAAUCAUAUUAAUAAAGAUAAUGUUUUCUCAUAUUUAGAUUUAUUAGAUACAUAUCAUGGAUGUGAUGAAUUACGUGAAAAAUGCUUUGGUCUAUUUCAUAAAUAUUCAGAUUUAUUAAAAACACCAGCAUUUAAUCAUUUAGAAAAAAAUAAUCCAAAAUUAGCUCUACAAAUUUAUGGCUCAUUUUUCUAA